AUGAUUGACUGUGAAGUCGUUGACAGUGAGUCGGGCGACGGGCAACUCGAACGCCCACCGUGCGAGCAACCGGUCGCACGCCCUCCUCCAGAUGGAGCACGUGAGCGACCGCAUCUUGCCGUCGGGUUUGUCGACUUGGCCGAGUCCAAGCACGCCGGCCGAAUCGAGACCACCACCCGCAACACCACCACACCCGCCGACACCGCCACGGCGGAUGAUGCGGCGAAGAUCACCACGACACCCGCCACAGUGAAGACCACGACACUUGACACGAGGAAGACCUGGUUUGUCGUGUCGGGAGUCGUGGUCUUCAUCACGGCGGGCACCACCAACGAUGGGAUACCCCCCCCAGCCGCGUUAAACGCCAAGUACGACCAAGAACAGCAGACUUAUAAUCGGCUCAAGAACAUCCUGAAGCUCCCAUGUCAAGGAUAUGUGGAUAUGACGGAUGUGGCCUGCUACAGCUACGGACUGGUGCGAUCGGUGGACCAGUUUAUCGAGUUUUCCGGCAUCUCCCCAAACAACGCCGAGUUGGACACACAUAGGUGCAACCAGCUGCACUGGGUGCCGUACGCCCAUCCCGAGGUGGUCGAGGCGUGGGUGCCUGGCUACCAUAUGCACCCACUGGUUCCAGAUAUUAGCCCAUCUCAAGCAGCAAUGAACAACAAACAAGUUCAUGCGUUGAUGGACUUACUAGUUAACGCGACUAGCACUGCAGGGAAGCAAGCGAUUGCAGAUGGAUUAAGACAACAGAAAGCCAACGUGGACGAGUUACUCAAGCAGGUGGCGGCGUUAACUAUUCUUAGUGACGAGUGGAAGGAAGUGAAGAACGCCGUGGUUCAAGACAAAGAGCAGUGA